GUCUGAACAAUUGGAUGUUGGGCGAGUAUUUGUCGGUCUUUCGGGAUUUAUCUUUCACACGUGUUGUGCGGUGUUGUCGGUUACUUUUUAUACGAUCAUAGAAAAAGAAAAACAAGAAAAUUCUCAUAGAAUAAAAUAGAAAUAGAAAAUAGAAAAAGAAAAAAGAAUUAUCUCGCAAAGUCCUUGUUAAUUUUCACGUGAGAGAAGAAAAAAAGAUACACCUUUAUCUACCUUUUGGUAGCUUUGUUUUAUUUUGAGUGAAUUUUGGGUUCUUCGUCGCUCGUCGUCGUCAUAGAAGCUAGCAGGCUCUCGAGACGGUUUGAACAAGAAAAGAAGAUCCGGGAGUAAUAAUUACUUUCGCGGCAUACAAAAUAUCGUAGCUAACAUAAGAUUUAUCUCUUGUGAUGCGAGGCAAUAUAAAGCGAUGAACGUCGUCGAUUAAAAUUUCAAAGUUCUACAAAAAUAAAACCGCACCACCUUUGUUUUAUGACUGUUUGUGUUUUUCAUCCUGUUUUUCUUUUUUUUGUAUUCUGAUUUAAAAGAAAAAUAAAAAACAACAAGAAGAAAAAAAGAAGAAAAACCUCUUCACUCUUUGGGAUUAUUUCUCAUGGCAAUAAGUCGUCAGUAAUGAACUUUAUACUGGUGUAAACCUGCUGCAAAACCUUAACCUCCCCCCUCUCUACGUCGUCGUCGUUUAACGCAACUACCCUUAAUGUUAUGUUGUUUACCUCGUUAAAUUUACAUGUAGCAUUUUAUUUUAUUUUUUAAUUUUUGUUGUUUAAAUGUUUUUAAGUUUUCAAUUUUGUUGAAAUUGCAAUAAGUACACGUAACGCAUGUAUGUAAUCGUUCGUCGACGCAACCCAUAAAUUUGAUGGAAAGGCAACUUAAUUAAGCGUGCAAUUUAAACAAACAUCAUCGGAUUAAUGAAUAAUAAUAAUGUACGACACAUAAAGUAUAUCACUGAUGCAAUCGAAAUGCGAUGAUGAUAUCAAUAAUAAUAUAACCUACCUAUGAAAUUAUUUCAUUCAUUAUUGAUGCGACUUCUCGUCAGCAGUAGGACGACAUCCCCAAAACAAAAACAAAUAAAUUAAAACAACAAAAUAAACGGAUACAAAACGUCAUGAAUAUAUUUUUAUUUUGUUGCCAAUAACAAGGGUCAGUGCACAGAAAACACAAAAACACGAAAACAAAUUAAAUAUAAAAUACAAAAAGAUAAAUAAAUCAACAAACAACGUGUACAACAAUUAAAAGAUUUAUUCAAAAUAAUCAAAUAGUUUUUUAUUUUUUGAUUGUCUCUAUACCUUUCCAUUCUUCGUCGAAAAAUAAAAUAAAGUAAAUAGAAUAAAACAAAAAUUAUAAACAUCGAACGAACGGUGAUUCUCUAAACAAGGAAAUAGUUUUUCGUUUUUCCUUCAUUUUUUUUUUCCAUUUUUCGCAUUUAUUUUGUAUUAUUUUAUUCUUUAAAAUUAAAACCAUAAAAUAAAUUGCAUCAGAGUAAAAAUCAAAAAAAUUAAAAAUUAUAACAAAUAAAAAACAAGGACCUAAAAUGGCGCCGUUUUAUGUCACGCUUGGCAUCUUCUUGAUGAGGAUUUUUAUUGUUUCGAGUGAUUCGACGUCAUCUUCAUCGAUGAGCAACAGUAUUAAUGGCGGCGGCGGAAAUAAUGGCAACAAUAAUGGCGGUAGCGUUGGAAGUAGUGGCGGAAAUAAUGGAGUUAGUUCCGGUGUAGCAUCAUCAUCUUCAGGAGCAGCAUCAAAUGCAAUUACAGCCAAUAAUGUGGUUACAGAAGAUCCAGAAUUUACGGAUGUCAUAGAGAAUAUCACCGUGCCAGCCGGAAGGAAUGUCAAACUGGCGUGUUCUGUCAAAAACUUAGGAUCCUACAAGGUAGCGUGGAUGCAUUUCGAACAAUCAGCAAUCCUUACCGUACACAAUCAUGUGAUCACACGUAAUCCUCGAAUUAGUGUGACACACGAUAAGCACGACAAACAUCGAACAUGGUUCCUGCAUAUCAAUAAUGUCCAAGAAGAGGACCGAGGUCGUUAUAUGUGUCAAAUUAAUACAGUGACAGCAAAGACGCAAUACGGUUUUGUCAAAGUUGUCGUUCCUCCCAACAUAGAUGAUUCCUUAACCUCAAGUGAUGUCAUAGUUAGAGAAGGUGACAAUGUGACAUUACGUUGUAAGGCUAAAGGAAGUCCAGAACCAUCAAUUCGAUGGAAACGAGAUGAUGGUAAUAAAAUUGUCAUAAACAAAACUGUAGAAGUAAUUGACAUGGAAGGUGAAGCUUUGGAACUUGAACGCAUCUCUAGACUUCAUAUGGGUGCAUAUUUGUGCAUAGCAUCGAAUGGGGUACCUCCUAGUGUUUCGAAAAGGAUCAAAGUUAGUGUGGAUUUUUCUCCAAUGGUCUCGAUUCCCCAUCAAUUAGUUGGUAUACCGAUGUAUUUCAAUAUUACGUUAGAGUGUUUCAUCGAAGCCAAUCCAACAUCUCUGAAUUAUUGGACUCGGGAGAAUGACCAAAUGAUCACAGAAUCUGGCAAGUACAAGACGGAAACGCUGCCUGGUGUGCCGUCGUAUAAAGCAACUAUGCGGCUAACUAUAACAAAUGUUCAAAAAAGUGAUUACGGCAGCUAUAAGUGUGUCGCCAAAAAUCCUCGUGGUGAAAUGGAUGGCACUAUUAAACUAUACACUUCAACACCUCCUACAACAAUACCACCACCAACAACAACAACUCCACAUCGUACAACAACGACAACUCCUAAAUUUGGUUUCAAUACUCCAAUUUAUGGUGAUAUUCCAACGAACUCAAUUGUUGCAUUAGAUAAAAGUGGUUCAAAAUACCAAUCAAAUCUAAAUGAAAUUGACAAAUCUGAACAAAAACUUACUGGUGAUAGUCCCAAAGGAUAUGAUUGGUCAAAAGAUAAAAGUUCGGCGACGACGUCUUUAAUUUCGGCUCAAGCUAAGUGUUUAGGAAAUUAUUUACAUACCAUCAUAUUAGUUUUAGUACAGUUAAUAUUUAUUAGAAGAUUUUGUUCUUAUACACUUAACUAACCUUCAAUUAGAUGAAGAUUAAAAUUAAAACAGAUAAGAAAAUAUAAUCAAAUCAACGUUUAAAAUAAAAUUAAGAAUAAAAAAAGAAAAAUUACUUACAAAUGAAGAUGUAAUACAAAAUAUAUAUAUUUAUAUAAAACAUAAAUAAAUAAAUAAAUAAGAAAGAAAAAAACACAUG